AUGGCGGCCGCUCCGACAUACCGCUGCAACGGGCCAGCCCACUCAACGAGGUGUCCACUAAAACUGCCUCACCAGUUCUCUGUUGUGAACGACCUGGUAGAUGACAAUAGCCAAUCAGUGAUGGAGAAAGCUGUUCUGACUCUUACUGCUGCUGCUGUGUUCCUCUUCAUCACCAUAAGAUUUUUUAUGGAUUCGGCUGAUGCGCACGAGAAAUCGAAAAAGGUUCUUGCUUGGACCUCAUUCAAGCCAAAGUGCAGCCUCCCCAGGGUUUGCCCUCCAGACCAUUUUGCUUUUCGAAUUCGAAGCGGAGCUGCUAACGUUGUCGGCCCGCAGAUCUGUUUUGAAGGACAUAUCAUCAUGAGUCACAUCUUGAACAAUGUGGGACCAGGACUGAACAUGGUGAUUGUAAAUGGUGAAAACGGAGCUAUAGAAAAAGUUGGCUUUCUCAACUUGAUAGCAGGCAACAAAGAAGAUAUCCUGGCUUAUUUAAAGGAGAUAAAACCAGGAAAGAUCGUACUGGUGGCCUCGUUUAUCAAUGCGGCAACAAAAAUGACAAAAGAAAUGAGGGACAUCUUCGUGGAUAUGGGGAGCAGUUUGAUCCAUUCUGUUCGACACAGAGACAACUGGGUGUUUGCUGGAAGAUCUGGGACUUCAAUCAAAAGCCUCUUUGAGAAGCAAGUCGCUAAUGAUGAGAAAACCAACGCGUUUGAUGGAUGGCCACAGAUGGUGGAGGUGGGCGGCUGUUUCCCAAGGAACCUGAAUGCCUCACAAUGA